GAAGUUACAUAGCAAGCCACGAAGUUUGAAAAGAAAAAAAAAGGGGGCCGUCCCUUUUACCGAAGACUUACGCUCAGUUAUCCCGCUUCUGCUCAGAGCCCCAGAUCACUCUUUUAUGGCGCCUUCUCUUUAAAUCUUCAAGAAUUCCCCCCUUUUGUUUAUGCUGUAGUACGCCACAUGGCUUCGGACGACCAGAUUUCUGCAAUCAAGGGUGCCAAAGUACUCAUGGUUGGUGCAGGUGGUAUUGGCUGUGAACUUCUUAAAACCCUUGCCCUUUCUGGCUUUCAAGACAUUCACAUAAUUGACAUGGACACCAUAGAAGUGAGUAACUUGAACAGACAGUUUUUGUUCAGACAAUCUCAUGUUGGGCAAUCGAAGGCUAAAGUUGCUAGGGAGGCCGUCUUAAAGUUUAGGCCUGGAAUAAAAAUCACACCCUACCAUGCAAAUGUUAAAGACCCCGACUUCAAUGUGGAUUUCUUUAAGCAAUUCAAUGUUGUUCUUAAUGGGCUUGACAAUUUAGAUGCUAGGCGACAUGUGAACCGCCUUUGCCUGGCAACAGGCAUUCCAUUGGUUGAGAGUGGAACAACUGGAUUCCUUGGACAGGUUACUGUGCAUGUGAAGGGAAAAACUGAAUGCUAUGAAUGCCAGCCUAAACCAGCUCCCAAGAGUUACCCUGUGUGUACUAUUACAAGUACUCCUUCAAAGUUUGUUCACUGUGUUGUAUGGGCAAAAGACCUUCUUUUUGCAAAGCUUUUUGGGGACCAGAAUCAGGCAAAUGAUCUUAAUGUCCAUUCUAAUGACACUUCUAGUUCAUCAGAGAAUGCAGAUGAUGUUUUUGAGCGUAGAGAAGGAGAAGAAAUAGAAGAUUAUGGGAGGAGAAUAUAUGAUCAUGUUUUUGGCUAUAACAUUGAGGUAGCACUAUCGAAUGAAGAAACAUGGAAGAAUCGCAACAAGCCUAGGCCUAUACACAUUAAAGAUGUAUUUUCAUCUGAAGAGAUUCAACUGAAUGGAAAUAGAAAUUCUAAAACAAAUGAUCCCUCUUCAGUUUCUGCAAUGACUCAACUGGGUUUUAAAAAUCCUCAAGAGCUUUGGAGCCUGAAAGAAAACACUUUAGUAUUUCUAGAAGCACUAAAGCUUUUUUACUCAGAAAGGAUGAAGGAUAUUGGUAACUUGAAUUUUGACAAAGAUGAUCAAUUAGCUGUGGAAUUUAUAACUGCUGCUGCUAAUAUUAGGGCAACAUCAUUUGGUAUCCCGUCGCAUAGCCUUUUUGAAACUAAAGGUAUUGCUGGGAAUAUUGUGCAUGCUGUUGCUACAACAAAUGCUAUUAUUUCUGGGUUGAUUGUGAUCGAGGCUAUUAAGGUGCUGCAGAAUGAUUUGAAGAACUAUCGGAUGACCUAUUGUCUUGAACAUCCUUCCAGAAAGAUGAUUCUGAUGCCAAUUGAGCCAUUUGAGCCCAACAAGUCCUGCUAUGUGUGUUCUGAGACGCCUUUAACACUGGAGAUCAACACUCACUCCACGAAGUUGAGGGAUUUCGUUGAAAAGAUUGUAAGAGCAAAACUUGGGAUGAAUUUGCCUUUGAUAAUGCUAGGAGCAGCACUUCUUUAUGAAGUGGGGGAUGAUCUUGAGGAAGACAUGGUUGCUAACUACACUGCAAACCUCGACAAAGUGCUAUGUGAGCUUCCAUCUCCCAUUACUGGCGGAUCGAGUGUUACAGUUGAGGAUCUUCAACAGGAGCUUACCUGCAAGAUCAAUAUCAUGCAUAGGGAAGAGUUUGAUGAGGAGAAGGAACCUGAUGGCAUGAUUUUAUCUGGAUGGACACCACAUUUGACCACCAAAAAUGAAACUGAGACACCGCUUGGCAAUGGUGCAAGCUCAUCCACAAGUCAAACUGCUGUACCUCUGGAAACCAAUGAGGCUGAUGAUGACGACUUGAAAAUUCUUCCUUCCGGAAAGAAAAGGAAGUUGACAGGCAAUUGCAGUGAAAAGGGUGAGAGAAAUGUGGAAGUGCUUGAUGAUGACGGGGAUGGAUUUGUCCUGCCUGAUGGGAAUUCUGAUGGUAGCAAGAAGCUGAGGGUGGAUUUAUGAACAUCCAAUUCGGUCCUUUGUAUCUUAAAUAGGAGGAAAGUAGUGAUUGGGCUUUCUAGUUUUUUGACACCUAAAAUUGAUCUUUAGGGGAUGUACCUGUUAAUUCUUAUGGAUGGUUUUAUACCUCAGGGUUCAUCAGAUUUUGUUCCUAAUCACAUUUUAACAUAUUUCAAGCAAAUUACCUUGAAAAGUGUAUACUCCUGGCUGUGUAAAGGAAAUUCAGAUUCUAAUACUACGUACUGGAUGUUUUAAUGUCUCUGUCACAAAGUCAACUGCAAGCAUUUUUGUUCAGGCCUCCUAUAUGUAGAGAAGUGAUUGCUCUGAAA